UCCUUCCUUCCUUAUUACAUGUAAUACAAUCAGUACAAUAUGUGUUUAUUGUGAUCAAAAUAUUUUGUACAUACAUGUAAUUGCACCAAUAUUAUAUAUACUCCGUGGAAUAUCAACAGGGAAUACAGGACACCGUACAUGCCAAGGCAGACUUGAUGGAAUCUAGACAAUGCGAAUCGUGCCUGCGUGAGGACGCCAAAGUUUGUGCAGAAUUUUAUUGUUUUGAUUGCGAAGAACCGCUGUGCAGUGCCUGUUUGAAAAACCACAAGAAAAAUAAGUUCUUAAUGAGUCAUCACACUGUCGAUCUGGAUUUCAUAGACAUUUUUCCAACUUCAACAUUAUCUAAAAUUACUCAUUGUGCUAAGCAUGGCGAUGGAAGAGUAGAUUUGUUUUGCACCGACCAUGAAGCUUUAUGCUGUCGCCAUUGUAUGACAGAAUCGCAUAGAUCAUGCAAAUCGAUACUGCCGAUCGAUAUCGCAUCCCGAGAGAUCAAAUCAUCACCUUUGUCGUCCAUGCUAACACAAGAUUUAACAUUGUUUCUGCAAACUUUGAAUACUUUAAUUACAAAUAGAGAAGAAACAGGAAAAACUUUCGAAAAAGAUGUUGAAGAAAUUAGAAGUCAGGUGAAAAGUUUCAAAGGACAAAUAAUUGAUCACAUUGAUCGUCUUGAAAAAUCAAUUAUCGAUAAUUUGCAAGAUUUCUGCGAAGAAGAAAAGGAAAGUUUACAACACGAAAAAGAUGACUUGUUAAACACGCGAAAAUCAUAUCAUAAGAGCAAAAGUGAUUUAGACGUUGUUUUACAGCAUGGGUCAGAUUCCCAAAUUUUCUUAUUUGCACAUAACUUAGCACAUCGACUUGCAAAAGACGAAACUCUUAUUCAAAACAAAGCAAUGCUGUUUAAAGACAUAAGUGUAGAGUUCAAACCAGAAAAUGGAUUACCAGACUCAAUUCACUCGAUAGGAACAUUGAACAUUUGUAAACAACCUUGUCUAUUAAGAUCAUUCUCACAAAAUAGACGACAAGCACAGGUGAUAACAAGACCUGUUGAAACCAAAACUCAGUUUUUGUACAGGUCUCAAAUAGACAUUUCUGUUUCAGAAAAUGUACAAAUUACUGCUAUCGCUGUAACCAAUGACAACCGACUGAUUUUAUGCAAUCGCUAUAGCAACCGUUUGCUUGUUUAUAGCGACAGUGGGAAAUUUUUGCAAGACUGUACCGUACUAUGCAAACCAUGGGAUAUCGCCAUUUUACCGGGUGGAAAUCGAGGGGUGGUAACUCUUCCGUUGGAAAAUUCUAUACAGUUUCUUAACAUAUCGAACAUGACCACGGACAAAGAACAAAUAAGUAUCCAUAACAAAUGUCAUGGUGUCGCAGUGGUGUCGGACUUUAUCGUUGUUGGGGCAAAUAGAGAACUAUACAUUCUGGCAAUGGAUGGAAGCAUCAGAACACGUGUUCAAGUCCCCGGUCAAUUGAUUUAUUUUCUGCAUGGAGGAGACAAUAAUUCAGUGUACUAUACAGACUACCAUUGUGUCUAUCACGUUGGUCUUGACGGUGAAGAAAUAUUUCGAUACGAUAAUCCGGACUUAAAAGUUCCGGAAGGUAUAGCAAGAGACAACCAAGGAUAUUUGUGUGUUAUUGGUCGUGGCUCACAGAACGUGCAUCGCGUUGGUGAUAAUGGGCGUGCUAUUGACAUCGUACUCAAUAGGGAUGAUGGUGUUGUUUUGCCUUGGGCUAUCACAUUUAACAAUAAGGGAACAAAAGCGUUUAUUUCUACACACGAUGGAAAGUGUAUAUCAGUGUACGACAUUCACACAUAUAGAAAACAAAAGGGAAUGUAAAUUUACUAUAUUUUAUGUGUUUAGUAUUCGAAACAUUGCUUUUGAAGCCUUUGAUUUCACGAUAUAAGUAAUAGUAUUGAAAGAAAGAUUAAAGUUGUGGUCUGAAGUCAAAUAAUUAUUUUCCAAAAGGUUUCAUUUUUCAUUUUAAAUAUAGCUGCCCUAUACUGAAACAGCGCAUUGGACUAUAAUUAUUUAGCAAUAAUUUAAUUUUGAAUGUAACGCGUCUUCUGAUUGGCUGAAAGUGUUUUAUCUAUCAGCUCAUAGACACAAUUUUGUCAUGUGACCGCGACGUCAUCAACGUUUUUAUCAUUAUUUACUCCUUUUUAGAAUUAAAUUAUAAGGAAUGACUUUAAUAUUUUUUCUGUCUAUUCGAAAUAGCAUAAAAAAUGUGGUGCACACUUUUAAAUAACCUGCUACGCCGGUUAUUUAGUGUGCACCACAUUUUUGAUGUUAUUUCUUCAUAGAAAGAAAAAUUAUUACAGUCAUUCCUUAAAUAUAAGUAUGUGUGCUAAUUAUUAUCUAAAUAAACAUAUAGUUACUG